AUGUCUUCCAUGUUAUCAUCAGAUCACCUUAUUCCUGGUACAAAAAUUCUUCUAGAAGAUUAUACCCGUUUGGGUUUAGUUAGGUUCAAAGAAUUAGUUGUUGUAGACCUGCCUUUAUGGAUGAUCUCACACACAAAUGUUCUCAACUCUAAUAAAUUUGAUAAUAAUCAUGCUGAGACAAUAUUAGGCAAACGUAAAGAGCAGUUGUUUGAAGACUUGGAUAAAUCAGCAUUUCGUGAAGGGAUGCUUUAA